GAGAGAGAGAGAGAGAGAGAGGCCUGGCCGGUUGAGACCAGAGACAGACCGAGACCCUCUCCGUGUUGCCGUCGAUCAGUCAUCUCUCUCUGGGGGUCUCCGCUCAGAUCCUGCUCGCGUUUCUGGAUCCUCGUGCCCUGUGCAGCUUUUUAUUGUUGAAGGUCUCUGGACCCACACUGGAAAGCAGACAUCUACAAGUAAGGGUGACCAGGUAAAGUUCGUCCGGUGGGCGUUGCUGCCUCUCUCUCUCUCUAACUCUGUCUGGUUUCUUGGUGUUGGGUCAUGGCGUCGUCCCUGAUCAGCCGUCGAUAUUCUCUCUCCCUGCAGAAAAACUUGUGGGUCAGUUUUCCAGGCUGUCGAUAUGUCAGUAAGGCGGCACCAAAGAGUCAGGUGGAGUUUGACUACGAUGGACCCUCCAUGAAAACUUCUGUUCCUGGACCACGAUCACAAGCACUUACCAAACAACUGGGAGAAAUCCAGAAUGUUGGUGCUGUCAACUUCUUCUGUAACUACGAGGAGAGCCGGGGGAACUACCUGGUGGACGUGGACGGGAACCGCAUGCUAGAUAUCUACACUCAGAUCUCCUCCAUUCCUAUUGGUUAUAACCAUCCUGCCCUCCUCAAACUGAUGUCCAACCCCAACAAUCUGAGUACACUUGUAAACCGACCAGCCCUCGGAAUUCUGCCACCUGAGAACUUUCCAGAAAAACUCGCUGAAAGUCUUCUCACGGUGGCUCCCAGUGGGAUGACUCGUGUCCAGACCAUGGCCUGUGGCUCCUGCUCCAAUGAGAACGCUUAUAAAGCCAUGUUCAUCUGGUACAGGAACAAGGAACGAGGCCACAACACACCAUCUGAAGAAGACCUCAACACGUGUAUGAUAAACCAGACCCCAGGGUGUCCAGAUCUCAGUAUUCUGUCGUUCACUGGAGCUUUCCAUGGAAGAACCAUGGGUUGCUUGGCAACGACACACUCCAAAGCAAUCCACAAGCUGGAUGUGCCGUCGUUUGAUUGGCCGAUCGCUCCGUUUCCCAGACUGCAGUACCCGCUGGAGGAGUUCACCAGAGAGAACGCCCAGGAGGAGGCGCGCUGUCUGGAGGAGGUGGAGGAUCUGAUCAUCAAAUGGAGGCAGAAGGGGAAACCUGUGGCCGGGAUUGUAAUUGAACCGAUCCAGGCUGAAGGUGGAGAUAACCACGCAUCCGUAGACUUCUUCAGGAACCUUCGCAACAUCGCACGCAAGCAUGGCUGUGCGUUCCACGUGGAUGAGGUCCAGACGGGUGGAGGCUCCACAGGGAAGCUGUGGGCCCAUGAGCACUGGGGCAUGGAGGACCCUGCUGACAUCGUCUCCUUCAGCAAGAAGCUGCUCACUGGGGGCUACUACCACAAGGACGAACUACAGGCCGAUAAGCCGUACCGGAUCUUUAACACAUGGAUGGGUGACCCAAGCAAGAACUUGUUACUGGCUGAGGUUCUCAAUGUGAUUCGCAGAGAAAACCUCCUGGAGGAGGUGGCCCGGUCUGGAAAAGCCUUGCUAAACGGCCUUUAUGAUCUACAGGCUCAGUACCCCGGCAUGUUGAGCAGAGCUCGUGGACAGGGAACCUUCUGUGCUAUUGAUAUCUGUGAUGAUGCAACACGCAACAGCAUCCUGCUCAAAGCCAGAGACAAAGGUGUCCUCCUGGGAGGAUGUGGGGAUCGAUCUAUCCGUUUCCGUCCAUCGCUGGUUUUCAAGGAAUACCACGUUCACCUCUUCCUCAACAUUUUCAAUGACGUAUUGGCCCAGCACAAAUAAAUCCUGAAGCGCCUGAGGGACACUGCAUGAGCCUGACUUAAUUCAGAACGGAGGGAGGAAAACUCCAGGCGGUCAAUUUCAUGAUAAAGCACAAUCCGUACAAUAAACAGCACAAAUAUGUUAUAUAACCUCUAUUUAAGAUCUAAUUAUCUAAAUCUAAAAUGAUGAUGGUUAUAUCAUCAUUUCCAACUCUUACGUGCGCUGCUAUGAAGAUAAAGUAGCCAGAAAAUAACUCAAAACAGGAGCCAGUGAUCACUGUUGAGGUAAUUCAUUUCACCAAAUGUUCAUGUUUCUGCAAAAUAAAUCCAUGGAAGUAACUACAAACUCCAGAAUCUUUCUAUUCUGGAUCAGUGUUAUUGUAUGUGGACUGACUUGGCUCUGGAUGAAGUGAUUGAGAUUCAGAGACCUGGACCAGGAGCCAGGCUCAGAGUCAGGCUCUGUUCCUUUAACAGGUAGCAUAACAUGAGGUAAAUGUAAAUAAGAUGUCCAAGAUAUAAACUCCUAAUUUAAUUAAUAGCUCAGAAAAGAUGUGAUUCUUUCAGUGCACAUAUGCUCCCAUCCUACGGGCUGAAAUAUGAGCCACCAGAAGCUGAAUUUGAAUCAUUUAUAUUUGAAUUUGAGUUGCUUAAGUUGAAUAAUUGCAUUAAAAAAACUGAAUUUGAACAUUCAAACGUCCGGCUAGUUGAGGCAGAGCAAUCGAGCAGAGGUUGCCGCUUGGUGGCAACAAAUGCACAUCCGUUUUUUCUUUUUUUAACAUUUGUUGCCACCAAGCGGCAACCUCUGUGCUCGAUUGCUCUGCCUCAACUAGCCGGACGUUUGUCGCAGAAAAUUGAAUUGUGAAACUGAAUGUUCAGUUCCAAACUAAUAAAUUAAAUUUCAAUUUUCUGCGACAAACAUCUGGGAAGUUGAGGCAGAGCAAUCAAGCACAGAUACAUACGCCAGCCCCAAGUGGCGAGUCGAGGAAUUGCAGCUUUUGGUAGUUCAGCAUAGGGUUCACAGCUCAGGACGGGAGGUUGCCGCUUGGUGGCAACAAAUGUUUUAAAAAAAAACAACCUAGGUGCUGAUUGGUAGAAGAGCCGCUCUGUGUAUCUGUGCUCGAUUGCUCUGCCUCAACUACCCAGAUGUUCGUCGCAGAAAAUUGAAUUUGAACUAAAUGUUCAAUUCCAAACUAAUACAUUCAAUUUCAAAUUACAAUUCAGAUUCAGCUUUUCAAUGCAAUGAUUCAAAUUGAAAAAUACAAAUUCAAAUUAUGUGAUUCAAAUUCAGUUUCUUUAAUGCAACUAUUCAAGUUAACCAAUUCAAAUUCAAAUAUUAAUGAUUCAAAUUCAGUUUCUGGUGGCUCAUAUAUAUAUAUAUAUAUAUAUAUAUUUCAGCCCAUAUCCCGUCCUCCCGUCGCCUAACUUCAGUCACUGGUGUGAUUAUAGUUAGCCUUUAUGUUUGUUUUAAUAAAAGCUGAAUCAUCCUGGAUACAGAGUCCUGUGUCAGUGAUGAAUAUGUAAUAACACACAAUAAAGCCAAGAUGCCAGUCUGCAUGUCAUUAAAUGGUAUAUUAUUAUGAUUCUGUGUUGCUCUAACUAGGAAUGACCUUGCAGCGUGAAAUGUUGUAGCCCUGAAAAAUGUGAAUCUUAGAUGGACCAUGAACAUGUCAUAGAUUGUUUAGUGCCUGCAUGUCACUGAAAUGUACUAAUUGUUCUUCUUUUCUGUUCUUUGUUUUUAGUGGCUCAAAUGAGAGCAGCCAUUGGUUUCCUAAAUUGAACUAAAAUUCUGAAUACAACACCUGAACGAAAUUAAUUUCUGAAAACACAUUUACUUUUCGUUAUUACUAGUGCAGAAAACACUUUUUAUAAGGUACCACACCGUCCAGCACAGAGUCAGAGUCAGAUUUUCCUUUAUUGUCAUUGCACAAAGUAACAAGUACUAGUACAGCGAAAUUAGCCAUCAACCCGUCCAAACAUAUACUUAAAACACACAUAUAAUAUGACAGAGGUGGACAGGACAGGGGUCGGCAACCUUUACUAACUAAAGAGCCAUUAUUGGCCAAAAUAAGAGGAAAAAUGUCAGAAUUGAGCUGCAAACCAUAUUUUGAAUGAAAAUAAAACAGCCUACUAAAUCUAAAUUAGUCUCCCAACAUGACUAAUUGGUCAAAAUGAGCAUUUAUUAAUAUGAUUUUUGGAGUUUUUGUAAUCGAAAGCUAGUCUAGCUAGGGGAAACUCAAAACUAGACUUGAAGUUGUAUAGGAAAUGUAGAGGUUAAAGCUUUUUAAGAUUUUCGUAAGCUAUAAUGAACAUUUUAGUCGACUAAUACAGUCAUGGAAAAAAAUAUUAGAGCAUUGAAUAAUGAAGAGCUGAUAUCUAGACAUUUUCCAUGUUUUUUCUUGAUAAUGAUUUUGGUUAUUAUCAAGAAAACAUGUUAAAUGUCUAGAUAUCAGCUCUUAAAUUAAUCUCUUAUCAGCUAUGUUUGUUGUUAUCAUUAUAUUUGUCCAAACAAAUGAACCUUUAGUUGAACCAGACAUUAAAAUGAACAAGAAACUGAAGAAAACAAGGAGGUCUAAUCAUUUUUUCCAUGACUGUAUUUCAAAAAAGAAAUGCUUUAUUGCCGUAUAUAAGCUUAACAUUUUUACAAUUGAAUACAACAAAUUGCUUUGGGCCUACACCAAUGAUAAAUGAAAAUUAUAAUGUACUUUUUUGUCCUGUACUAGGAGAACGAAAUUAGCCAUGUACCCGUCCAAACGUAUACUUAAAACACACAUAUAAUAUGACAGAGAUG